GCGCAGUUGCUGUCGCAGUCCAGCUCGAUCGAUCAACCACCACUUCCCGCUAGCUUAUCCCAUCGAUCAAUACUUGUAGGUUGCGGCUCAUCAAUAAAAACGAAAGGCCAAACCUUAAUUACUACAGUCCAACACGAACGCCACUGCUUGCGACCACGCGAUGAAUCGUCGGCAGACGCGAUUGCCGCUCCUCCUCCUCUUCGCCUGCGUCGCCGCGGUGCUCCUGGCGAGCCGCGGCGUCGUCGCCGCCUUCUCGGCUGGCGCUGUGGCGAUGCCUGCGCUGCGCGCGCUGCAGCGCGUCGAGGACGACGUGAGCGGCUUCGCGGAGGGGGAGGAGGCGGCGGCGUACCCGCGAAGGAGGACGCUGUACGACGGCGGGUCCAUCAGCUACGGCGCGCUCGCGGCGAGCAAGGCCGCCUGCUACGGCCCGUGCCCCGCCAGGGGGCAGCCCUACACCGGCCGCGGCUGCCUGAGCAUCUACCAGUGCCGCGGAUAAGGUAGUGCCAACUCCCAGGCUGUACUGCUUGCAUCAACCGCGUAUGGUGCAUCACAGUUUGGUUCACGUUAGAUGUUGCAAGCUGUGAGCCGUUAUUACAUAUGAUUUGUGUGUUAGAUGUUGUAUGCUCUGCAAGAAAUUCACGUGGAAAGUCCCAGAUCCCAUUUUUUCCCUUUCUUUUAUUUUGUUUUUGUCUGUUGACUUCAGUGCUAAAUUCAUAAUAAGAUUUCCACAGAAA